AUGUCCAGUGGCCUCCCCACCCUCAACCGGCUGCGCAAGCCGGAGCUAGUUGAGAUCGCCGAGCGAACCAAGCUCACCGACAUCUCCGAUUUAAACAAGGGCGAUCUCGCCGUCGCGCUGGACAAGCACCUCAGCGAUAACCAAGCCACUCUAUCUAACGACAAGAAGCUCGCCGACUACUUCAAGCGCCUAGCUGCGCCCGCUCGCGGAGAAUCCCCCGUCAAGCGCGAACCCAGAGUUGAGCUCGCCACCCCCGCGUCGGAGAAGAAGACGCCUGGUCGCAAACCCAAGCAACGCGAGACUGCAAGCAGCCGCGACAGCGAGUCCGAAGAUGCUGCCAAAUCCCCCGCAUUCAAGACUCCCUUGAACAAGGCGCAGGCCUCAGUCGCACGCUCCUCAUCGCGCGUGCGAUCCGUCAUUGAAUCCACAACUCAACAGCUACCCCCAUCCCCGGCCAUCGUGACCGACGCAAUUGACCGCCAAACAGCGCGUAUGCGCGAAGGUCUCGAGACGGCAUGGACAGACUCGGGUGUUGUGGAGUACCAGCAUGCCUUGCGCUCCGCGCUAAGCAGCCUCAAGGCCGUCGAAACCAUCGUUCUCCUCCUCGAGGGCGGAAGUAUGCUGAAAGAGCUGGUUCCAUUGCGCUAUCUGACUACCACCCCCGCAGUUGACGCGAUUCACCUCCCUUCACUUCCGAUCAAGGUUCCCGAUCUGUUCGUCCUGUUGAGCGGGUCGUUCUGGGCUCCGUUCACGCUGUGGCUGCUGUCUGGUCUGAUCCUGCCUUUGAUCGCGGCUUACUUUAUUAAUCUGAGCUAUCAAGCUGCUACCGGUGGUUCCGGUGCGCGUCGUAGUCGUUCUUCGUCCGCUGCGGCUGAUCGCGCGAGCUUUGAUCCGCUUACGUUCAAUAUUGCCAAGGCUUUGCUUGUUUACAAGGUUUAUGUUGACCACCUUGGCUUCUUUGAUUUGUUCAGUCACUAUACCAUCGCCAGGGUUAACGCCUCUGUGCCCGGUGGCUGGGGUGGUAUGUUGACUGGUACCGCUAUUGGAGUCAUUGGAACUCUUUACGAGGCUAUUUUGCACCGCCAAUAG